AUGAGUACCACCGAAUUCAACGCCGACCAGCUAUCGGACAACCAUCCUAGCCCAGUUCCGAGCAAUGCGGGCUCGACGGGGACUUCGGGAAUUACGGUGCGCAAUGGUCCACAAGGCCAACCGCUGAGUUUCAGAAGACAACGUGCAUCACGCGCGUGCGAGACAUGCCAUGCCCGCAAAGUUCGAUGUGAUGCAGCCAGUCUUGGGGUGCCUUGCACCAAUUGUGUCGCUUUCUCUAUCGAAUGCAAGAUCCCCUCCCCGAAAAGAAAGAAGAACAAUCAGAACAAGAACAAAGAAGAUACUCAGUAUGACGACAGUCCACCGCAAACCGCCUCCUCGAUCGUCGACGCUGCGGCUGCUCAUUUCCGACCCACGACCACCGAGGAGCCAACCGACUCGGUAUCUGACUCUAUCCCUGCGUCUAGGGAAAAGGAGAAAAGUUCAGACUCGGAUGAAAAGAAUGAUGCCUUUGGAUACCGUAACAACCGUAUGGGUGUCGACGGCAUGCCCAAUACUGCCCUUUCCGAGGCCGAGGCCGCCCAACAAGCUUCGGCCCAUAAUGCCUAUGCUCAAUUCAUGAAGCCCAAGUUUGCCCGUGCUCCGAUAAAAGAGGCUGGUCGGGUGGCAUAUUUGGGCGAGUCGUCCAAUCUUUCUCUUCUGGUUCAAGACCGCCAUGGAACAACAGAUGUCGUGCACUACCCGCUCCCACCGAAUAUUAGAGGCUCCCGCGCCCGGUUGACGGACCUGGACAACUUGGAAAUUGAUAUACUGCAUCAGCGGGGCGCAUUCCUGCUCCCACCCAAGCCGCUGUGUGAUGAGUUGGUCGACGCCUACUUCAAAUGGGUGGCCCCCGUCGUGCCGAUUAUUAACAAGAGUCGCUUCAUGCGUCACUACCGUGACCCCAAGAACCCGCCAUCGUUGCUACUACUGCAGGCGAUUCUGCUGGCAGGAUCGAGAGUCUGCACUAAUCAGCAACUUAUGGAUGCUAAUGGCUCGACAACCCCUGCGGCUAUGACCUUUUAUAAGCGUGCUAAGGCGCUGUAUGAUGCUAACUAUGAGGAUGACCGUGUCACUAUCGUGCAAGCAUUGGUUCUUUUGGGUUGGUACUGGGAGGGACCGGAAGACGUCACCAAGAAUGUCUUCUACUGGACACGCGUCGCUAUGGUUGUAGCUCAGGGCUCUGGAAUGCACCGCAGCGUCGAAAUGUCUCAGCUUAACAAACCAGACAAGAGGUUGUGGAAGAGAAUCUGGUGGACCCUGUUCACCCGGGAUCGCUCUGUCGCUGUUGCACUGGGACGACCGAUUGGAAUCAAUACAGAUGACUCGGAUGUUGAGAUGUUGACGGAGGAUGAUUUCAUCGAGGAUGAGCUCGACAUUGUCGCCGAGUACCCAUCAGACCCUGUUCAUGUCCAGUUCUUCCUGCAGUAUGUCAAGCUGUGCGAAAUUAUGGGCUUGGUUCUGUCGCAGCAAUACUCUGUGGCUUCCAAGUCACGGCGUAUGAAUGCAAUGGAUCUCACCCACUCGGAUAUGGCGCUCGCCGAUUGGUUGCAGAACUGUCCUAAAGAAGUAUGCUGGCAACGCUCUAGGCAUCAUUUCUGGGCGGCUCUCUUGCACUCUAAUUACUACACUACGCUGUGUCUUCUUCACAGGGCUCACAUGCCGCCUGCCUCAUCCGCGCCCAAUAACUACAGGGUCGAAGAAAUGGCUUAUCCAUCACGAACAAUUGCCUUUCAAGCUGCAGGCAUGAUUACUUCUAUUGUUGAGAACCUACAGGCGCACGGAGAGAUCCGGUACACGCCUGCCUUCAUUGUCUACAGUUUAUUCUCAGCCUUAAUUAUGCACGUGUACCAAAUGCGUUCCUCGGUUCCUUCGAUCGUGGCCACCUGCCAGGAAAGAAUCAACGUCUGCAUGCUAGCCCUAAAGGAUGUAUCAAAGGUCUGGCUGGUGGCGAAGAUGGUGAACACCCUAUUCGAAUCUAUCCUCGGAAAUAAAGUACUGGAAGAACGACUCCAGAAGGCUGCAGGCCGAAGACAUCAGCGCACGCGGCAUGGAGAAUCCUCCUCCUCUAAGAGACACGACCCACCGAAACGCAAAUUCGACGAUAUGGACCUCGGCAUGCCAAAUGGCGGGCCUACACCCCCCGUGUCAUACGAGCGCUCCCGGCCCCAGACACCCGCUGUCACCCCCUCUCGGGAACUGAACCAACCUCCUCUCGGUGGCCAACAAUCACCAAACACCCAUCGCGCUCACGAUCCAAUAACAGGCACGGGUAAUUCCCGAGCCAACACCAGGCCUACAACUCCGUUCAACGGCCAAUUCUCUCUACCUGCCACACCCCCCGACUUCUUCCUAGUAACCCGCGCCUCGCCCAAUCUCUCCCCCUCCCUCUGGGAGAACUUCCAGCCCGACCAACUCUUCCCAGACGGUACCGCCUUCUUUCCGGAGCUGACAUCACCACCCCAGCCCGCUGCAGUCGACCCAUCCCUCCAGAUCCCUUCACAAAUGCCCCCUGGCAUGACUCCGCGCCCCAAUCCCAUGAUGAACAACCAGCCGCAGCCCGUCUCAAGCCGUAGCAUGUCUGUCUCUCAUGGUAGUCCGCCGGUGAUGUCGGGACUGCCGAGCGCGAUGGGAAUGCAUCCCAACCCGCCGCAACAGAUAUUCGGCAUAGAGGGCCAGCAUCAGCAGGCCUGGCCACCCAUGCAUGGUCUCGACGGCACUAUGAGUGGAGCCGCGAUGGACGCUGCUAGCCAGGACAAUGAUACCUGGAGUAGUAGUUCCCGCAGCGGGCCAACCGCGCCAACGACACUGAAUGUCGAGGACUGGUUCCAAUUCUUCGGCAUCAACGGCGGUUUUGGCGAUCUGGCGGCAUAA